AUGCCUGGUAAGGUUAAUAGAGAUUGUUUUUAUAGGCUAGCGUCUGAUCUACAAGAUGAGCGUGUGAAAGCGGCGGUAUCACUAAUCGAGGAAUUAUCAGCCUUAGAAUUGCCUGCAUGCAAUGAGGAAUGGUCCUACGUUUUGAAGAGAUUGAUCUCAGGGUUGGCAUCGGGUAGGAAUAGUGCUAGGUUGGGUUUUUCCCUUUGUCUAUCUGAAGUGGUUAAGAUGGCACUAGAUAAAGGUACCUUAGCACCUCAAGAUUUAUCUUCCCCAGAUCAAUACUUGGAAUUGCUAUCCAAUAACCUUUCUCCUGAUGCUGUCGGAAAGAGCAAAAAAGAUUUGAAAGGUAAAGAUGAGCGUGGUAUUCUUUUCGGUAAAAUGUUUGGUCUUCAAGCAAUCUUAAAUGAACCACUUUUCACGAGCAUCUUCUUUGAUCAAGAAGGUAAAGUCUCACCGUUUGCUCUUAGAUUUGCUCAAGAAUUGGCGGAGUUGGCUGUUAAGAAGAAUUGGUUAAGAGAAUCAUGUCUUUACACAUUGUUUCAAACUGUGCAAAGGUUAGUACCUGCCAUGGAAAGUGAAAUUGUUAGUUCCAUUUUACUUCUCUUGGAUAAAUAUCAAUUAACCAUGACGAAUGAAGGUUUAGCAAUAUACCUUCUUUUGUUCCAUGGUAAGGCUAGGAAAAACGGAAAAUCUUUCAAAGUUCCUUCGUCAUUAGCGCUAGAAUUUGCCGCCUGGAAAAAUAACGAUCCAUUGUCAAAGGGCAAUUUACCUCAGCUUUCUCGUGUUCUUCGUGAUGCUCCGGCUAAUGAUUCUGAGGUUGCAGAUGGUUCACACCCUAAAUCUGCUAAUUGGAAUCCUAGACUCCACUUUGUCUGGGAUAUUUUGAUUCCCAUCUUGGCUCCUGGAAAGUCCGAUGAAGAAAUUCCUUCCAAAAAGAGUCAUAAGAAGAAAAAGAAGGACACUGUUGAAGGGAUCGAGUUCCCAGAAUUUUUUCAGGCAGCUGUGGAUGAGACUUUCUUUAGUGAGAAGGCUUCAAGUGAAAGGAAAUAUCUCGGGUUCCUCGUCUUUAUUAGGGCCGUGGAAGUUGUCUCGUCUCAAUGGAUUCAAAGUUGCUUUACUCAAAACUUUAUGAGAACGUUGAUCAAUCAAUCAAGUGAUUCGAAACGGUUGUUGAAUAAAAUUUCUCAGAAGGCUCUUGAUGCCAUUGUGAAGGCCUGUGAAAAGGAUGCGUCUGAAAAAAUAGCACUUUGUCUGGAGGCAAUGUUAUUCGGACCACAUGGAACAAUCAGUUUCGAUAAGUUGACAAAAUCAAAGACAGCUUCGAAACUUGUAGCAAUCAAGGAUAUCUCCAGUAGUGGGCUUGAUAGGCUCUUUAAUAUGCUUUCGGCACAGUUAAGUCGAGAAGAGGAACCAAAUAAACAACAUUACCAGUUUGUGUUGGACACUGUGCUCCACGCUGUGAGAACCCACAGACUUGAAAUUUCUCAAGAGCUCAUUGCGCACCCUCUGUUAGACUCUAUUGUGACACUUGCUUUCUUUUCAAAGAAGGGUGAAGAUAUCAGCGAUUUGGCUAGGGAAAGACUUUUCUCGAUUCUGUCUGAAUUAACUAUUCAGAAAGAUGGACAAUCUUGGCAGCAUUAUACCUUAAAGCUGAUUUUAUCUAAAGAAGCGGAAGGUAAUGAACCAAUAAAUAAGUUGGAUGAAGACUUGAAAGCCAUCGAAACCGAAGCAUUGGAUAUUCUUCAAAACAUUUCCUCGGACAGCCCACAGUCUCGUGGUCUUGAAUGGUUGCUCUCCAACUGCUUACUACAACUAUAUUCUGGUGAUAGUGAGUCCCUUUCCAUCGUUGAGGAGUUGUGUAUCUUUUACCGCGAAGGUCUUAAUGAGUCCAAUUCCUUGGUCGGCAUCACUGAAAUCCUGUUAUCCUUGCUGGCUCAAAAGAAAGCUCUUUUGAGGAAAUUGAGUCUUGUCGUCUGGGAACAAUUCGUCAGUGAGGUGGGUGAACAAGAGCUAAAAAUACUGCUUGAAGUUUUAGAUGCCCGUGAGAACAAAGAAGGUUUUGCAAAGUUGUUUGAGAAUGUCGAUGACUAUCAAGAAGAAAGUGCUGGAGAAGAGGAGGAUCUUGAGGAUGGUGAGGGCAAGAGUAAGAAAAGCGACGACAAAUCGAAAUCUGGGAAUGAUCCAAGCGACGAAAGCGAAGAUGCUUCCAGUGCAUCAGAGGAAGAUUCCUCAGACGAUUCUGAUGCAGAAGAUGACAGUAACGUUGCCAAGAUUGAUAGAGAAGCAACAAGUGCUUUGGCAAAGGCGUUGAAUCUUCCCGAGAAUAUCGUUAACGAUAAGGGUGAAGUUGAUGUUGAAAGGUUAGAGGCUGAAAAUGGUGCAAAUUCGGAUGAAAUGGAUGAUGAUGACGAUGAUGAGGAAGAUGAGGAAGAAGAUGAGGAGGAGGAAUCUAUGGAUGACGAACAGAUGAUGAAACUUGAUGAACAAUUGUCACAAAUCUUCAAGCGCCGUAAAGAGGCUUUAUCUGGUGUUACCACUGGAAAUGAGAGAAAGGUUGAGGUUAAAGAAGCCCGUGAAAAUGUUAUUACUUUCAAGCACAGAAUUGUUGAUAUGCUUGAGGCUUACAUUAAACAUGCUGACAGAAUUGCUCUCCAAGAUAAUAAUGAUGAAGCCAAUUCAAAAGACACCUUCAAGAAUUUAUUCCUUUUCGUCGAACCUAUGAUCAGAUGCCUGCAGUUGACUUUGGACAAACCUUUGGCCGAUAAAAUAUCAAAAUUAUUGAAGGGUAGACUUUACAAAAUCAAGAUAUCAGCAUUUAAGGGUGCCAUUGACUCGAAGCGUCUUCUCGAACAAUUAGAAGUUACACAUAAAGCCUUGUUGACUUCCAAACCUGGUCAGUUCCCAGCGUUAUACUUCUCAACCUGCUCAACUACAUCACUGUUUUUGGGUAAAGUUUUGGUGGAGAAUAACAGUGAAGAUCCUGCUAUUUCCUAUGGUCAAAUGAUUGACCUUUACGCAGACACUACGAAGGAGUGGCUGUUGAUAGGUAAGUUUGGUGCCAAUGUGUUUGCAGACUUCCAUAACUGGCUGCUCUCAAGAAAGAAGACACCAAAUGCUUGA